CCUUUUUCCAGUCUCAGUUUCAUCUCCAGACCAAAAAUGGAGGCGAAAUACACUAAAAUAUGGAGGCCAUGGCCCGGAAUCGACGGUGGCGACGACAGGCUCAGCUCUUUACCGGACCAAAUCAUCUCCUACAUCCUCUCAUUCAUGGAAACCAAGUACGCCGUCGGCACCGAAGCUCUCAGUCGACGGUGGGAAGGUCUCUGGACUAGGGUUUCGAAUCUCGACCUCGACAACCGCUUGGUUUACGACGACUCUUCGGGCGACGAUCUGAAAAUUGUAUAUGCAUCGGAUGCUAAGAGGAGAGACUCGCAAUUUUGCCACUUCGUCGACAAGGUAUUGGGAGAGCACAAGAAUCUCAAUUCUCUUACUCGAUUCCGCUUCCAUUUCGCAGUGGAGCACCGUCAGUAUUCCACGGUGCUUCGUAGAACUAGGUUUAAGAGAGAAUUGGUGUUUGGUCCUGCCAUUGAGGAGAUUGAUGUUAGGGUUUGUGGGGAAACAGCACUCGGGAUCCCCCAAUGUAUGCGCUGCAUUCCAGAAAACUUCUACACUUUGAAGAAUCUGAAAGUUGCUAGGCUUUCGGGGGUCGUACUGGGUGCGAUAAACCGGCCCGUCUUUCUUCCUAGUCUGAAGAUUUUACAGCUUUCGUAUGUUAAGAUGAAGGACUUUGAGUCGUUAGGCAGGAUCAUUUCUGGUUGCCCUGUUCUGGAGAUUUUUCACCUGGAGAGUUGCCACCCUUCCAGCAAGAAUGAGAGUGACAGAAUCGAGGUUUCCUUACCGCGUUUGAAGAACUUUAAGGUUAGCGAUUAUGGGAAUUGGGAUGAUCCCAUGUGUCCCAUUGUUAUUGAAGCGCCGAAUCUUGAGGAUCUUUAUCUCGAGCACUUCGCUGAGUUGCAGUUCAAAGGCAAAAUUCCAUUGUCGCGCCUUCAUGUGGCACAUGUUGAUGUAGGCCAGGACUGUCGAACCUCGUAUCAUGAUGUGAUUCGGCUCCUUUCUCAAAUCUCCAAUGCAAGAAAACUGAGCUUAUCUGGGGAGACUCUGGUAAUAAGGUUCAUCUGUCAGCUGCCACCGAUGAUGAUGUUCGACUGCCUAUCUUUCCCAAUCUGACGCAUUUGACAAUUGGAAUCGGGCUAUUUGGGCCAACUAGCUGGUUUCUGCACUCUUUGCUAAACUCAGCCUCCAAACUACAAUCUCUUGUCAUUGACAUGAGGGGUCACUGGGGAGUACCAUUGAGGUGGGAGGGUCUAGAAACUGCUUGCACGCCACACUGUUUGUUAUCAAGCCUGGAGGAAAUCGAGGUUAGGGAACUCGUAGCAUAUCCAGAUGAGAAGAAAAUGAUAGCGUAUUUGCUCAAGUCCGGAGCUGUAUUGAGGAAGGUGAAUAUGCAUGUAAAUAGUCGCUUUCUCGAGUUAAUGGGACGCAAAGAUCUCGUCGCGCUACUAAAGCUUCCAAGACGAUCGAGCACUUGCCAAGUUGAGCUUUUCUUUCCCUUUGAGGAUGACCGAGAUAGCUACAUCGGCAGCGAUGAUGAGAGUGACACUGACGACAACGUAGAUGAUGGUGACUCUGACAGCACUGAUGACAAGAUCGAUUGCGAAGAUGAUGCCAGCGACAGUGAAGAGGAUUCUCUCUGAAGCAUUUCGGUAUGCAAGGAAGGGGGUCUCCGAAUUCCCCUUGGGUAAAGAUUCUCAUAUGCUCUCUCUUCUUAUUAGAUGAGUUGUCUCUUUUUAGAGGAAUGGUUUGGAUGCAUAUUAGAGUGUAGCAUUUGUUGGAUCAUUCGGUGACGAACAGAAUGUUAUAAGCUCUUGUCUAGAUUGCUUCGUAAGCUUGCUUUGCUCCAUGUUGACUACA